AUGAAAAUACUAUCUUGGAACUGUCAGGGACUUGGCAACCCCAGGACAGUGAGAGCCUUAAAGCAACUCAUUGCUAAAAAUAAGCCUGAUCUCAUUUUUCUUAUGGAAACUAAGCUACACAACAUAUCCCCAAAAUUCAAAGAUAACUUUGCUGUUACUUACAGUAUCUACUCUGUUGAUUGUAUCAUCACUGAAGGCAAUGGGAAAUCUGGGGGCCUCAUCCUGUUAUGGAAUAAUUGUACCUGCAAUAUUGAAAUAAAGGAUAUGAAUUUCAACUAUAUUGAUAUGCUUGUCACAAAUUUAUCUAAUUCUAUACAAUGGAGAGCUACAGGGAUAUAUGGUUACCCCCAACACCAGCACAAGAACCUCACUUGUGAUCUCAUUAAGUCCCUCCAUAAUGCUAACUACAAUAGUAGCUGGCUCCUUUUUGGAGACUUAAAUCUCAUUAUCAGUGAUACUGAGAAAUUUGGGGGAAAUCUCAUUGACAACAACAUCACUUCUCUCUUUAGAUCUACACUAACCUUUUGUGAUUUACAGGACCUUGGAUACAAGGGAGACGUGUUUACUUGGAGCAACAAGCAACAAAAUCAACACUUAAUUAAAGCUAGAUUGGACAGAUUUCUUGCAAACUCAGCUUGGAAAACUUCUUUUCCAACUCAUUGUAACUCUCACCUUCUUAGAUACAAAUCUGACCAUAUGCCUAUCUUACUUGUUUUUAAUACUACUGCAGGCCAGACAACAAGACCUAAAGGACCAAGACCUAUAAGAUAUGAACAAAUAUGGACCAGGGACCCACAACACCAUCAAAUUGUAAAAGACACUUGGCUCUCCAGCAGAGGGGAUGUUUCCAAAAAGCUUACUACUACCUUAUCCUCUCUCCAAAAGUGGGGCAAUAACAUCUUUGGUAUCAUUCCAAAAAGAAUAAAAUCUCUACAGGAGGAUCUACAAAUAUUGAAUGAACAAAAUGGUGCCCAAGACCUCUCUACUCAGAUAAAGGAUAAGGAACAAGAACUAGACAACAUUCUAGAAUGUGAAGAGACCUGGUGGAAGCAAAGAUCUAGAGAACUCUGGCUACAGCAUGGUGAUAAAAACACAAAGUAUUUCCAUAUGAAGGCAAAUAUUAGGAGAAAUAAAAAUAAAAUUGAAAAAAUCACUGAUUCACAAGGCCACAUACAUCAAGAUGAGGAUGGCAUUGAGAAAGUACUGGUGGACCACUUCAAAGCCUUAUAUACAAAACAAGAUACUGAAAGAAUAUCUGAAACGAUUCAGGUUGUAGCUGACAGAUUAAAUGAGGAUAUGUACCAAGAGAUGAAUAAAGAAUUCACAAAAGAAGAAGUGUUUCAAGCCAUAAAGGACAUGAAAUCCCUGGCUGCCCCUGGCCCUGAUGGCCUACCUGCUCUCUUCUACCAUACUUAUUGGGAGUUCAUUGGAGAGGACAUAACACAGAUGGUGCUUGCUGUCCUGAACAAUAAGGGGGACCCCAGCCACCUAAACUCUACACACAUCUGCCUCAUUCCUAAGAUAAACAACCCAACAGCCCCUAGUGACUUCAGACCAUAUCCCUUUGUAAUGUCACUUUGA